AUGGCUAGACAAGUUUCCAUGGUGCAACGGCUAAGAAGCAAAAUAUCUGGAGCAAAUGUGUCGAUGAAGUUGUUUCUUUCACGAAAAUGGCGUCGCUGGAGUGCCUGCUAUGGUUACCAUAAACAUGAUCCUGUUAUACAGCUCUACCAACAAGGGGCUGGGGAUCAUGGUUUUCAGUUUGGAAACUGUGAUGAAAGCACUAAUAGUGGUGAAGUUUCUGUCUGGAAGAAGAAUAUAGUCAUGGGUGGCAAGUGUCAGCUCCCGGAUUUCUCAGGUGUCAUAAUUUAUGAUUCCACAGGGAAUGUUGUUACACCUCCUAAACCUUCAGCUGCACCUCUUGCUCUUACUUGGAAAUGA